CCAUCCGACACUAUCAAAUUGUGAACCCAACGCACGUCUCUCUUCUCUCUCCUAUGCUUGUCUAUCUUCUGUGUGGAUUAAUCAACUCCCACAUAUCUCUCCCUCUCUCAAGUCUCAACUCCCCAAAACUUGCUUCAGCCUCUCUUAGAAUUUUCAGCUUCAAAGAACUGAGAAUUCUAUUCAUAUGCUUGCGAAGUGGCAUGUGCAAUGACUACAAGAGUAAAGUAGCAGGACUUCAUAAUCAUUGGUUAUGUUGGCCAUCUUCCCCAAUUGGGGCUGGAUGGAAGGAUGGUGAUUUGGUUUUCACUGUGUUACCCUUCAUGGCACUUGUAUAUAGAAGUUGAGUUUGGUGGUUGCAAUGCAGGUAGCAUAUUUGUAUUAACUUGGAAAAGACAAGGAGAUAUAACAUGUAUGUUGUUGAAGACCACCAAUUCUAUUGAGUGGUCAAACAUAGUGACUACCCUGGCUAUGCUUUCAUUAUAGAAUAUGUUUAUAGUGUUAGACAAUGUUUCAGGUAGUGUUUAUCUAUCUGAAUGUCAAAGUGUUUAUGCUCUAGGUGGAGUUGAAUGUUGUUUAUCGUUUUCUUUUGUUAUAUAAUUUAAUAAUGUAGUGUGCUUUCAAGAAUGAUAUUUAGAAUGAGAUCAAAGUGAUUUUGUUUCAGGAAUAUAGUUGGUUUUACUUGGUAGCAAUUGUAUUGUGCUGAAACAUACAGAGGAACUUACAAUAGAUUGUCUAUUUUUCUCUCUGUGUUCUAAAAUAGCGGAGUAGAGC